UGCUAGUUUCGGUUUGCUGUUUGUAAACUCUAGCCACACGAGCGUUCUCUGUCGCUGUCAUCGCAAAGAUGUAAAGAUGGCUGAGGGGACGAAUCCCGACGAAGGAACGCCGUGGUGGAAUAGUUGGAUACAGACAGCGAAAGACAAGUCAUCAACGGCUUACGAGUUCUUCAAGCGAGACCUGACAGAGUUCUCGAGCACAGUCCAGCAAGACACAGCGCAGGCGGUCUCGUCGACGGCAGCCUUCGUACGAGACAAGCUCAAGUUGGAUGGGGAGAACUCGGUGACGUCCAAGGCAAAGGAGGGUCUCACCAGCCUCAUCGGGAGCAUCAGCGAGGUACUGUCGCCCACGUGGGAUCCUGCCGAUGACGAGCUGUCCAUCAUCCACGACAAUGAGGUGCAUCCCGUCGACCGCUGGCAGGCAUGCCUGCACUCCAUUCUGGUCGACCGCAACACCUACUGCCACGAGCCAGACUCCCCGCCAGAGGUCUACGAGACCUGGCUGGAGACCUUCAACAUGGAAGACCACAAGGACGAAAUAGCAGAUAUUCUGCUCAACUAUAGCGAAGUGCAGCGGCUAUACGAUGAGCUGGUGCCAGGGGCAGUGUCGCACGAGGAGUUCUGGCAGCGCUACUUCUUCCGUGCUUUCCAGCUGUGGCAGGCCGAGGAGGAGCUCGUCAACAGCGUCCAAGAAUCCAGCGAACGUCUCUCCAUCAGCGGUGUGGACUCUGACCAUCUGAUGGAAACGCUGUCGGGACCCGGCGGCAGCCGGUUCCUGGGCUCUCGGCCCAUGGUGGUGCCCCCCAACACGCCCAACGCGCCAUCGGCCGAGCAGAGUGGCUCCAACUCUCCCCAGCCGGCAAAGGCCGCCCCUUCCCCUGCGGGAGAUGCCGGCUGCGACAUCCUGGGUACAUUGACCCCGGAGGAGGAAGGGGAAGACGAGGACAUAGAAAGGACGUUACCCAGCUGUUCCUUGAAGCAAGCACUCGAAGCCAGCGUGCUGGAAACGCAUCCCAUUUCGGCUGCCGACGUCCUGGCAGCCAGGCUUUCGUUGCAAGUCGAGGCGACGACCGAGGCUGACAUUGCGUCCGUGCAAGAGACAGCUGCAGUUGCAAACGCCAGUGAGUCGGCAGUCAGUGCUGAAGAACAAGACGCCAAAAGGGUUCCAACAACUGCAGACGCUACAAAACCAGCCGCAUCGCCUGCUGCGCCUGCCGAAGCGAGUGCAACGGCUCCUGGUCCUGGUUCUGAGUCAUCGAGUGGAAAAGACCUUAGCGACUGGGAGGAGUUUGAGCUUGAGUUGGCGGACACGGACGCUGCAACCACCGCUUCCGUUGCAAAACCGGCAUCCCACUCUGCGUCUGAGGCUGAUGAUGACUGGGAAAAAUGGGAAUGACUGAGAGUGCAGCGUGUUCAAGCCAAGACUCUGAAGACGAAAUGCAAUUACCCAGGGAUGUACACAUACACGCGUCUACACAAGAGGCUUGGUUAUUUAAAUCGAAGCUGACAAGAGUGCAAGGAGAACGGGCUGUUGCAAG